GCCAGUUUAUGAGAGUGUAGCACUUCUCCCGGAAACUCAGUCCAGUAAACUGUGUCUCAUUCAGCUUUUCCAGGGCGAUGAAUGGCAGCUGGCGAAAGGGAAGGGAGCUGGAAGUUGCAUUCUGGUUCUAUUGCAGGGCUGAGCUUCGGGCGCAGAGGCAGGUGCUGUCCCGCAGCCAGCCGGGCUGCGUCCUUCUUCCAACCUGAGCCCGCCGGGGAGCUGAGAGGCUGCGAGAAGCGCCUUCCCCCCCCCACCCCCCCGGCCGCUCGCUCUUGCCUUGUCGCGCACACGGGAAAGACCUUGGAGAAGAAGCCACCGAUGCUGCUGCUGCUGCUGCUGCUGGUCCCGGGGGGGCCGGCAUGGGCCGCGAAGGAGAAGUGUCUCACCAAGAAGUACACCGUCAGCGGGGAGUGCUGCAAACCCUGCAACCUGGGAGAAGGGGUAGCCCAGCCCUGUGGGGCGAAUCAGACGGUCUGUGAGCCAUGCCUGGACAGCGUGACCUACUCGGACACCGUCAGCGCCACGGAGGCGUGCAAGCCGUGCACAGAGUGCGUGGGCCUGCAGAGCAUGUCGGCUCCCUGCGUGGAGUCAGACGACGCCGUCUGCAGAUGCGUCUACGGCUACUACCAGGACGAGAGGAGCGGCCAGUGCAAGGAAUGCGACAUCUGCGAGGUGGGCUUUGGGCUGAUGUUCCCGUGCAGGGACACUCAGAACACGGUCUGCGAGGAGUGCCCCGACGGGACCUUCUCCGACGAAGCCAACCACAUGGACCCCUGCUUGCCCUGCACCAUCUGCGAGGAGAACGAGGUCAUGAUCAAGGAGUGCACCCCGCUAUCCGAUGCCGAGUGCAGAGAUCUUCACCCGCGCUGGACGCCUCGGACCCCAACCCUGAUGGGAUCUGACAGCCCCAUGCCUUUCACCAAAGACCCGUACGAUACCGAAGGCAUCGCCAGCACCCUCGCAGAUACAGUCACCACUGUCCUGGGUAGCUCCCAGCCAGUCGUGAGCCGCGGCACUGCGGAUAACCUCAUCCCUGUCUACUGCUCCAUCCUGGCAGCCGUGGUGGUGGGGCUAGUGGCCUACAUUGCUUUCAAAAGGUGGAACAGCUGCAAACAGAACAAACAGGGCGCCAACAACCGCCCUGUCAACCAGACCCCCUCUCCGGAAGGAGAGAAGCUUCACAGCGACAGUGGGAUCUCCGUGGACAGCCAGAGCCUUCACGACCAACAGCCACCGACACAGACCGCACAGGUGCAGGCUCUGAAAGGAGACGGGAACCUCUACACCAGCCUGCCGCCGAACAAGCAAGAGGAGGUGGAGAAGCUGCUGAACAGCUCCCCGGAGGACACCUGGCGUCACCUGGCGGGGGAGCUGGGCUACAAGGAGGAUCACAUAGACUCCUUCACGCAGCAGGAGUGCCCUGUCCGGGCCCUGCUCUCCGACUGGUCCGGCAAGGACAGCGCCACCAUGGACGCCCUUUAUUCCGCCCUGCGCCGAAUCCAGCGGGGAGACAUUGUGGAGAGCUUGUACAGCGAGUCGACCGCCACGUCGCCGGUGUGAAGGGAGGGGCGGGAGAGGCGCUCCCCAGCCAGCCCCUCUGCGACCCCACGGAGAUACCAGCCGGCGAGAAGAUGUGAAGGAAAUGGGGUUCCCGCCCGGGCCCCCCGCUAUUUACGAACAACCCCGUAUGCACUGACCUCUUAUUUUCAGUAUUGUCUCCUUUUUUCCAUCCCCCUUUCCCCUAGCGGAUGUUAAAGCAGGAGGGAUAGAGCCCAGGCCACCGGGGGCUGUGGCCUCCUUCGGUCUUGCUGGGACCUAGGAGCGCUUGACGGCUUCGGAGCCUCCUGUGUGAGCAGAACAAUCUCUUGUGCACCCCCUCCAACCCCAACAACACGUCUCCAGUAGCUGCAGCAAUGGCCGCGUUUGCUCUCGCUCAGGUCUCUCCUCCUUCUUUCUCUGCCUGCUUCGUUCCCCCUCUUCCACUCCCCCUCUGAGGAGCUUCCUCUGCCCGCCACAAUAUCCACCCCCUUCUGUUUGCCCCCAGUCACCUUUGAAUUGCAUCCGCCAAGCCAGGAAGGACGGACCCGGCUGAAUUCAGAGAGAACUGGCUGGAUUUCAGGGCUAACGUUUGAGUGAAGAUGUUAUUAGCAGGGCCUUGGGACGGAGGGUGGGGAGCAGAGGGAUGUAAUUAGAAAGAGCUACCCAAGGAUGCAGCAUGGGGGGAAAAGGGCUUCUGACACAUUUGUGCCUCUGCACUGUCCUUGGGAGUGGGUGAGGGGUGAGAGGACUUUGUUUCUAGCAGGCACAAUCUAUACUGUGAAUCAUGAAACAUACAGCGUGCGCGUUGGCAAGAGAUCCACAUGCCUCCGUGACACGCACGUGCCUCAGGCUUGGAAGAGUUUGCCUUGGUCAUUAGCAGCCAGGCUGCCCGACACGUUAAGAGACAAUCUAGUUACCUAUGGAAUAAUGUCAUUUGCCUGCCUUGGGUGCUCAGUGGUCAAUCGCCAGCACCUUCCCAGGCACUGAGCUCUCCUGGGCAGACGUCACCCAAGAACAGGCUCCUUUGGGUAGGUUGAGGCUUCCAGGGAAGACCCAGGAGGUGGAGAGGCAGCUGCAGCAACCUUUCUAAAGGAACAGGGGGGCAGGGAGUGUGUUCAAUGGAGUUUUUCCCAGGCUCGGAAAUAGGUUUGGGUGAACGCUGGUGUUGGGGCGUGAGGGGGUGGAUCUUGCUCCUUCCAAACCAGCUAGGCCCAAUUCUCAGUUAGACAUUCCUUCUUUGAAGAAGACACUAGAAAGCAGCAAAUCAUAGGACUCAGCUGUUUCCCGCCCGUUCCUGAGAUGUAUUCCUAGGAGAGGGGAGUUCUAAUGGAGCCCAGGCAGCCAAGUGGUAUGAGUGGCUUAGCCCUGUCCAUAGGGUUCCCUUUCAUAUAAAGCUCCUGAUGGGAAGGGUGACUUGAAAAAUGCCUUUCCUUCACCUGAAGGACUCCCACACCUGUCGACAGCCAUCAGGAAAUCAAGGGAACUAUGCAAAGUGCUCUAGCCCUUAAGAGGUAUGGCAGACCUCUCCCAGAGCUGCGGCACUUCCCUGCUUUGCAAGCUUCCUCCUCCUUGCCUGAGUGGAAGGUCUACCUCCUGGAUCCAUUGGACUCCUAGUAUGGCUGGUAGGUGACGGGAAAUGACAGCACAGGAGCGAUAAUAAUAUACAGGACAGUACUGGUGAUCAUACCUCACUCCAGAUUUGGGUGGAUGACUCCUGGACUGCAGCAGUCCAACAUCUGCAGACCAACAGUAAAGUUUCUCGAGGGGUGUCCAGCCGCUACAAAUGAGGUGUCCCUGCAAGAGGCCCCAUGGUGGAAGACCGCUUAAGUUACCAACCGUCUGUGGAGCAAGGAGGCAGGAAAAUACAGAAUGUGAAUGUGAUUGUAGAACUUGCAUCUGUUGUAAUCAGCCCAACCAGAGAGGAACGGUUACUUACACUUCAGAUCACACCUGGGAGCGUUAGAAGCUGGAGACAGGAGGUCAUUCUUGGGUUGGCUCCUUUUGAGGGACCAAUAACUGGUAGCGAAAGUUUUGAUGACGUAGAAAAUUGUUUCACAGCACUUUGAUCUUCGGAGAGGGCCAGAUUCUAUUUGCUCCCACUGAGCUAUUUGCUUCUUGCUGCCCCAGGAACCCCCCGACGAUGAAGACUCAUUGAAUAAGGGGCUAUUCAAACCCAGCUGGCCAGGGAAUGAUUUUUCCCAUCCCAUGAAAGUUUUCAAGUUAUUGAAACAUUUUUCUCAUUCCAAAUUGAGAGGAAAAGUCUAAAUGGCAAUGUUUUUCGCACAUCAAAAAAUCUGGCAAAAGAAAUUCAGAUCAGGUCAAAAUAUUUUGUUUCAAUAAUUUUGAAGCAUGUUUUAAUUUUGACCAUUUUAAGGGUUUUUUUUGCGGGGGAGGAUACUAGAAUUAGCUUAAAAAUUUAAGUGAAAAGCCACUUUGAACUGGAAAACUAUGAUUUUUCAUGUAGAAAAUGUCAAAAUAAAAGAUUGACAAUUUUGAACCACCACCACCCUCCCGCUCCCCCCAAAAAAUGGUGGGUAGAAAACUUUAGUUCCUUUUCUGCAAAAAAAAAAAAGUUUCAAUUUCAAAGAAUCAGCAUUUUCCAAUGGACAAAAAUGUUUCUUUGGCAAAUUCCUGACCAGCUCUACUGUUCAGUGCAAGUACGAUUCCGGCCUCAAAUGUCUCCAGUUCUAGAAUAUUACCCUGCUUCUGCCCUCACAACACAGGAUCAAAUCUCAUUUGACUGGUAGCUAGUGAAGAAUUGUAGCAGAAAUGGCAGGGAGUCCCUCGCCCUGCCUCUUUUUAUGCCUCUGGUCUGGCAUCUUCCUCCAGCCCUCAAGCCAGUAAGUCCAUGUCAUAUAUCCGACGUGAGCUGCUAAUUCAUUAACAGCCGGAUUCUAGCCUUCUUGCGCAGACAGCUUUGCCUUGGAAAGCAAUGGGCGCGCUGUCGGAGGAAGGCGUUCAUGUUCAGGGCCUGCAGGAGCUGAGUGUUGGUGAUGUUCAUGAUUUCACAGACAAAAUGAAGUCUAUGGGCCACGUUCAGCUCUGCUCCAAAGGGGCCGAACUUGUCCCUGAAGAGGGAAAUCUGAGAGACUGAGCUACAUAAGUGAAGGACCUGCUGUUUGCCUCCCAGCUCCGCCAGAAAUCUUGUUAUUGAAUGAGGAAGGGGGGGACGGACCUAAAUGAGACGACUAAGAAUUGUAAAUAAUAUUGUCUUGUUUUACUCACUGCUAAAUGUUUCUCAGUGUGAAGUGGAUUACAGUGCUGACGAGCAGGAGACCUUGGCUUUCUCCACAAGGCUUCUGCUCACCGCUGCCUUAGCAUGGGGUCUAGCUGUUACCCGUUCUUCCACAAAGCUAUAACUGACUGGCCUCUCAGCGUCUUCCUGACGGACGGCAUGGUGGCAAAGAUCCGUUUGCUCGCGGCUCUGCGCUGCAGGUUGAAUUUUACGUUACCAGCCUUGUAUUUGUUAUAAUAACCUUGAUUCUGGCCUUAAAGAGACGACAGAGGGAAAUUGACAUACGCACACUUUCUUUUUUUUAACCAUGCUGCUGCUGAUGGCAGUGUUGAAAGGCUAUGCGAAACUGACGAAAGCGGAGAGAUUAGAUCCAGGAUGGAACCUCAGGCCAUUUUAAAGGGAUGAAAUGUUCAAAUGUACCCAGGGUUAUUAGAUGGCACCCAAAUCCCAUUGAAAGUCAAAGUUGAGCCCUUAACUCCUGUAAAUGCUUUGGAAAAUUUCACCCAUUGUGCUUUAAAAGAUUGGGGGAGGGGGGGUGUUGCUAAGAAUUGGGCUUCUAGAAUGGGAUUUACAAAAAUGCCCAGCUACCUUCAUACCUUUGAUUGAUUUAGGAGUACAAGUCCUAUCAGCUUUCAGUGGGGGUUGAGCUUCAUGGUCACUGAAGAUGCUUUGGAAAACUCCACACCCAUGAUGACCAUAUGUAGGCAUGUAAUUAAAUGGCCUGAUUUAGGGUUGAGCACUCAGCAACUGAGGUCAGUGGGGAAAUGCGCACCUCUGAAAAUCAGGCCACUUAACCAGGUGCCAAACUAUGGACUUAGGAGCGGAUCAUUUAGGCCCCCGUUUCUGAAAAAUGUUGCCCAUUUAGAUGUACAUUUUUUUAAGUUUUAGAAAACUUAAUAUGAGUAGAAAUGUCCCAGAUAUUUUAAGAAAAAAAAAAGACAAUGGAAAAAGGCAGGUUUUGAUCCAAUCCCUCCUGCUUCGGGGCUGAAAAUGUAAAUACAAUGGCCAAAGUUUUCAAAAGUGACUAGUGACUUCAGGUACCCAAGUGAGGACACCUUAAAAGGGGCUGAUUUUCAGAGGGUGGGUGGGAUUUCAGAGGGAAAAUCAGGACCCUUUAAGGUGUCCCCAGAUAACAAGCCAUUUGCAGAACUCCUGGCCAGCAGCAUUAGGCUAAUGCAUGAGAAGCAAAAACUGAAACUUACCAGUCUAGGUCAAACUAUAAACAAGUGAUGAAAGACUAAAAAUAGUAAAAAAGCACAUUUGAAUCAGACAGAUUUUAUCUUUAGCAAUCUCUGUGGUACUAUUAGUAAUGCAGGCAAGGGAUUUUUUUUUAAAUGUUAAUAGUGACCUUAUUACUCAUGUUUUUUGUAUGCAGGCACUGAAGCAUCAUAUAAGAGAUCAGGUAUUCUUCCCAGAACCCAGUGGUGCUUAGAUAUUGUACAUGAAGUAACAGCUUUAAUUUUUGAGUUGCCUUAUAUAUGUGGAAGGUGAUCAUAGUCGUAACAUACCUGUGGUGAGUUUCAGACAAAAAUGCCUUGCAGAGAACUCUGAAAAGCAAAUGCAGACUCACGUCUACGUUGUAGAGCUGGUUUAAAUUUUUCAAACUAUUGGUCCCACCAGAAAAUUAGGUUUUCCUCAGAAAUGAAAGUUAUCACAGGACAAUUUAGUUUUUCAUGAAAUUUUAUUUUUAUUUUCAUUUUCAAGGGAAAUUUCAGAACAAAAAUAUUCAUUUAGCUUCAUUUGAGAUGGCAAUUUUUGUUUCGAUUGUUGAAAACCGAAACGAAUUGAAAAUUUCUAUCAUCAUCAAAGGGAACAUUUAUAUUUGAAUCGGAAUGAAAUGAAAAUUCUCAGGUUUUGUUUUAAAAUGUCCUGCAAAACAUUGAAACAAAACUUUAGCUGAAGAUUUUCAGCCAGCUCCAAUAUUUUGGGUUAUCUCAAUUUUUUAAUCACAUGGGAAACUUGCAUGAAAACAGGAUUAUCUUGGGGUUUUGGCUGGGAUUUGCAAAGUACACACUGUAAGUCA